GAAUAGACACGCUAGAACGCUUUAACCUAUACUGUAUCCUGAACUUUAUCAAGCGACAGUAUAAGUAAACAAAACUUUUGUAGAAGUUUCGAUGAAUGUAAUAGAUUAUACUGUCGAGAAAAAUCAUAACAUAGAUUUUUUGUGCUUGACACGCGUUCAGAUAGUUAAAUUGUACAGAUUAUUCCAAUCUAUGUUAGGUUUUUUAUAAUUGAUUUACUGACGCUGAUAAAAGUGAACACAAGUGAUUGCUUUGUGUUUUAAAUGUUUUCAUUCAGUUCUUGACAACUGACAGUUGAUAAUCUUAUUUAAGUACUAAAAAUGGCAGUACUUUCGAAAUGGGUGUUAAUUAAAACUGAUGUAGAAAGUAAUUUUGUUUAUAAAAUUGCUCAUCGAAGUAAGCUCUACAUAAAAACUCAGCAUGGCCCCUUGAAAAUUACAAGUGAGGAUGAUUUAAAUCGUGCAAUAUACAUCACUACAGUUAAUGAUGACGAAGUGAAAAUAAAAAUUUUUGAUCAUCAUGAUGACCCUGACGUCUUACGAGAAAGAAAUAAACAUGUAACAGACAAAAGAAUUCCUAUUAUAAAAAGAACGAGUAUCGGAACACCGACUGCAGGACUUAAGAAAAAUCCAAAAUUACCCGCUAAAAAAAAGAAAAAUAUACCAAGUGGUAAGUCAAAGGAUGAUGAUGAGUCUGAUCAUUUUUAUGCAUUAUUGGAUGACAAUGACAAUGAUGUUAGCGUCCCGGGGAACCGUCAUCAAACUAUCAGUCCUGAUUUACCGCAUGAUGAUGUGCACGAUGAUAAUUCUGGGUCGACGUCACCUUUGAGGGAAACACAUGAACCUUUCGCACCAUCAAGCCCCCGUAACGAAAGUAAUAUAAAUUUGAUGGAAACAGUAAAUCAUAUACAAACUGUGACUACUACUAAUAGUAGACAAAUUAAUCAGUUACGCAGAGUAUGUAUAACAAAAAAAAGUCUUGAUGAGUCUUUGGAAAAUUUCGCUAGAAGAAUGACAACAGCGAACAAAGAAAACUGUUGCCAAAGUGAAGAGCCACAAUUUAAUGCAGAUAAUAAGGUGCAAAUUUUGAAUGAUUUUGCCAUGGAUUAUAAUUUAUACUACUCUGCGAUUACUGCCAGUACCAACUCAUACAGGGCCAAGAAAGUAAUGGCACAAUUUUGGUCGGAAGGUGAGCGACUCCAGCUACUCACUACGUACGACCCAAAACGACCUGAAAUGCGUAUCGUAUCAGACACAGAAUACAAAAAAUUGAUAGAGAUCAUGAAUAAAUUACAAGAAAUUCAAGCUAUACCGGUGCAUACACCAAAAGAUCGAGUUUUAUCAAAUAUGAAAAAGUGGGUCUCAGCAUGGUUAAAAUCUAAAAAAUCCACCAUUAAAAAUCGUGAAACGCUAAGAGGAGAAGGAGAAGAAAAUGAAGAAGAAGAGAAGGAUGAUUAGAAAGAGAAGGGCGAGAUUAAAUGAUAUACGUGAUGUUACUAAGUCAUAAUUUCUAAAGUAAUUGUUUAACUAUAUUAUUGAUAACUUAUAAUAGUAAAAGUAUUAACGAUGUUGAGAAUAAAGUCUUUGUCACUCUAAGUAGAAUUUAUCAUUUUAUGUUUAAGAAUAAUAUAUAGAUUUUUAAAAUGUAUAUAAUUUAUUUUCAAGUUUAUAAAAAGUUUGUCAAUCUUUUCAGUAUCUCAUAUCUUGUAACAGAUUCAAUUACAUGCUUCUAUCACAAUCAUUAUUUAAUAUUUAUAAUCACAAG